UAAUACAUAUACUCUGUGUAAAGACUAUAAUUCCGAAUUCAAAUUUGUUUCUAUUUGUGUUGCCUAUCACAUGAUAAAAUAUAUAACUUUAUAAAUAAAUAGUUAAUUAAAUAUAAACGCAUGCUGUUACUAAGUACUAUUUUAGUAAGAUUUGUCGAAGAGUGGGAACACGUUCUGAAUAAACAGAGACUCAUGAGGUGCCUAUUUUAAUAAAUUUGUUAUAACUUAUAAGUAGACUUUUUAAAAUUUAAAAAGCGACAUCACCUUACUUUUGGAGCUUGCCACCAGAGGUCUCGUCAGUAUCGUUGAGCUGCCGCAAUUGAUUAUUCAUUUCUGGCGAUUGCACACGAUCGUACACAUGAUUACUGCCUUGUAUCAAUUUUGGGCCAGAAACAGUAAAUCGUGGUAUGGCCACUUCAUGCUUUAGUAAUGUGGAUGAAUAUGGAUUUGAAAGACCACAGAAUUUUAACUAUGAAACAUAUGAGGAGUUUAUGUCUGAAUACCUGAAAGUGCUAGCUAAAAGAGCAAAAAAAUGGGCUGAAAUAAUAGGAGAAGGAAAAUCACUGCAACGCAGCAUUACUGUUAAACGUUACGUCCGUAAAGGUAUUCCUGGAGAGCACAGAGGUCUAGUAUGGCUUUCUGUGAGUGGUGGAGAAGAAUUAAAAAGCAAAUCUCCAAAUUUAUAUCAAGAAUUGCUGACUGGGCCUCAUGAUUCACAAGUUACAGAUAUAAUAAAAACAGAUCUUCCACGUACUUUUCCUGAUAAUAUAUUUUUUAAUAAUACAGAUCGUCAUCAACGUCAAUUAUACAAUAUAUUACUAGCUUUCGCACAUCAAAAUAGACAAGUUGGAUAUUGUCAAGGAUUGAAUUAUAUAGCAGGUUUGUUAUUAUUGGUGACAAAAAGUGAAGAAACUGCCUUUUGGUUACUAAAAGUAUUGAUAGAAGAAAUUUUACCAGAGUAUUAUGUACCAACUAUGAAAGGAUUGAUUACAGAUAUUGAUGUUUUAGCAGAACUAGUCAAGAUCAAAAUGCCAGAUGUGUAUCAGCACGUAACAGAUAUGGGGUUGCCAUGGGCAGUUAUCACAACGAAAUGGUUUAUCUGCUUAUUUGCAGAAGUUUUACCUACCGAAACAACUCUACGAAUAUGGGAUUGUCUUUUUUACGAAGGCAGCAAAAUUGUGUUCAGGGUAGCAUUAACUUUAAUUAAAAGAAAUAGGGAAAAUCUAUUAGCUUGUCAAGACUUCACUGAACUAGCUGAAUGUUUCAAAGAAAUUACCAAGGAUAGUAUUGUUCUCCAAUGUCAUGACUUUAUGCAGAGUAUAUUUAAAGUUCCUGGUUCAUUAAGUAGUAGUAAGAUAUCAAAAUUAAGAGCUAAAGUAGAACAAAGCCAUAAAGAACAGCAAAAUGCUAAAGAAAGGCGGUAGUAUUAGUUUUAAUAACCUUCUCCACUGGCGAACUCUAGUCAUUGUGGUGAUCAAUUUGUUACAUUUGUCCAACAAUUUUUAAAAAUGCGUAGUUUUGUACAGUAUCACUGUGUUUCCUGUUCCUUGUGAUAAUAAAGUAAUUAAAUUUACUGUAUUCUAUAAAAUUAGUAAAAAGUCUACAAAAACUUGCAAGUUAAUUCAGAUGAGUCUUUCAAUUAUAUAUUAUUAUUAUUGUACAGUAAUUGUAAUGUAUAUAUUCUUGAGCUUCUACUUGAAAUUUUAAUAUUCUUAAGAAAUGUAAAUCGCAGGUUCGAUGAGCUUAGAGAUUAUUCAUUACUAUUUACUUUUGCUUUUAAAAAGAAGUCUCUUUGGAAACGUAAAGUUAUUAUUGAUUAGAUUUUUUUAAUAUGACCAAUCUUGUGUAUCAAUUGAGUGAUGUUAAAAAUUGAUGGUUACAUUAAUGAUCAUGUACAUACAUCGAAUAUACAACCUCAUUUUUGAUUGUCUGUACAAAUUAAUGUAAAGAAUAAGUGAAGUGACUUUUUAAAAAUUAUUAUACGUAUAAUUUGCAAUUAUAUACAUAGUAUAUACUAUUUACAUUUUUUAUUUUACAAGAUUUUAUGUGUCUAUAUCCAUAUACUUAUACUAAACAGUAUGAAUAAAUUUUGUUUUCCAUAUAAACAAUGAAGUUCCAAAAAUCUAUUCUAAAGUCUUGAUUAUUUUUCAAGCAUAUCCUUAGCUUCAUUAAUUUUUGCUGCAAUAUAAGGUGAACCUCCACGAUCAGGAUGAUUUGCUGACAUAACUUUCUUGAAUUGCUCUUUGACUUUUGUUUUUGGUGCCGCAGGUGAGACACCCAAAAUAAGAGCUGCCUCUCGGCGUGUCAUUUUUUGCUCAAAGCCACCUUUGUAGUAUUUACUAUUUGCCAAUGACUGCAAGUUUACAUAAUAUAUAUGAUUAAUCAAUACAUACACGUAAAUAAAUAAUUUAUUUUGUUAUAUAAACUACAAAAUGUUACCUGUGAAUCUAACUUUGGCAUGUUUUUCAUGGCUUCUGCCAUUUUUGAUGACAAGUUUGGCAUUUGUUUUAAUACAUAACGUCCGGCGAAUCCAACAGCCGCUAGUCCUAAUCCAGCAACUAUAGCUGAAG